CUCAUCUCAGACUCAAGAGUCCAUCCACGAGCUUCCCACUAAAAAAAAAAGUGGAGAGGCGAUACAAUCGAUUUUGAAUGCUUUGUGUCUUCUACAUUGAAUCCUCCUACUAGAUAUGGAUCUCGAUGUUCUUCUACCGUCUCUCAUUCCCUCUUUGCAAUCUGUAUACGUGCUGGUGUCUUACUUCGCUUACUUGGCCGUUGCUGGAGAACUUCUCCCCGGAAAAGUUAUCCGCGGCGUCGUUUUAUCAGACGGCUCUCAGCUUCGUUACCGAUGCAAUGGUCUAUUCGCACUCACAUUGCUGGUGGCUAUCUUGGGAAUCUCUGCGAAACUCGGCAUCGUAUCACCUCUUGUGGUUGCUGAUAGAGGACUUGAGCUACUCUCUGCUACUUUUAUCUUCUGUGUUUUGGUGACGUUGGUGUUGUAUAUCACUGGGCGAAGUUCCUCGGAUAAGAGUUCUUCUCUAAAGCCUCAUGUCUCAGGAAACCUUAUACAUGACUGGUGGUUUGGAAUACAGCUGAAUCCUCAGUUUUUGAGCAUCGAUCUCAAGUUCUUCUUUGUCAGAGCCGGAAUGAUGGGGUGGCUGCUUAUCAAUCUCUCUAUUCUGGCAAAAAGUGUUCAGGAUGGUUCCUUGAGUCAGUCGAUGAUUCUUUACCAGAUUUUCUGUGCGUUAUAUAUAUUGGACUACUUUGUUCAUGAAGAAUACAUGACCUCAACGUGGGACAUAAUCGCAGAGAGAUUGGGUUUCAUGCUGGUGUUUGGAGAUCUCCUGUGGAUUCCUUUCACAUUUAGCAUUCAGGGCUGGUGGCUUUUGCACAACAAAGUAGAACUAACAGUUCCUGCAAUUGUAGCCAACUGCUUUGUGUUCUUGAUAGGGUACAUGGUUUUUAGAGGGGCUAACAAACAAAAACAUAUAUUUAAGAAGAACCCUAAAACACCUAUAUGGGGUAAGCCUCCAUUGGUGGUUGGUGGAAAGUUGCUUGCUUCAGGCUAUUGGGGAAUCGCAAGGCACUGUAAUUACCUUGGCGACCUGAUGCUAGCACUGUCCUUCAGUUUGCCUUGUGGAAUAAGUUCUCCGGUUCCAUAUUUCUACCCGAUAUACCUUCUGAUACUGUUGAUAUGGAGGGAACGAAGAGACGAGGUUCGAUGUGCAGAGAAGUACAAGGAGAUUUGGGCUGAAUAUCUCAGACUUGUCCCCUAUAGAAUCCUUCCUUACGUCUAUUAAUAACUUUGCAAUGUCAUGGAUCCUUUGAGAUUUUCAUCAUCUUCUGACUUUCUUUCAUCUUUUUGUUUCUAAUGUGUGACAUUAGAAGAGUCCAUUACGGCUUUUAUUUUACACAUUACAAAUCCUUUUUUUCCCUCGCUUUAUUAAACUAGUUUUCAUGUCUUCUAUAAAUCAAAUACUUCAUGGAUGCACCACUAUAAUCGAUUUGGAAAGAGACUAUAAAUAUCCGCAUUUUCUUACUUAUCAUUAUGUUCUUUAGUUAUUUGGUAGAUUUUGACAUUUUGUACACUGGUAUUGUCAAAAAGAGUGAAAUCUCAAAAGAGAGACAAAAGAAACCCGUUAAACAUCCUAAAAGACACUUUUAAAACUUCCAAACGUAAAAAAAAAAAAAAAAAAAUAGAGCACAGAGUUAUGUACACUGGUAUUGUCGGUAGAAAGCAAAAAGAGUGAGAUAGUUUGAUGAUUCAUGGGUUUGAAGAGUCGCAGCUGUUUCGGUUAUGUGUCUCUAUCUUCACACACCUCAGAUUUAAAUUUUCUAUGUUCGGAGAUCUCAAAGUCGCAUUUUUCUAGAAAUAAAUAUUUUCAAUAAGAAUAUUCUAUAGAAUUUCGUAGUCAAACUUUCUCCAAGUGUUCACUAUGAUAAAUAAAAAUCUCUUAAAACUUUAAUUACUGAGAUUUUAAUAUUACGCGAACAAAAGUAUAAACCCCUAGAAGGUUUGAGCCGGAGAAGCAUUGAACCGGUGUGCGGCCGAAGUUAUACUUUACCGUACUCAACACGCAAAGAUACCAAUAUUACCCUUUAGCUACUCCGCUAUGACUCACAUAAUCACAUUAAAUAAGGGGUAAAACUGAGAUUAGCCACAAAACUGCCAAUUAAAACCACGUGAGAUCCAACGGCUGAAAAUCAAUUUCUCGGAGAACAUGUCACAGAUCUAAACCCUUGAUUUACCUUUUCACCUAACCAAUAGACUCUCACACCCCCGCAGCUAUAAAAACACAACCCUUUCCUCGUCUGGUCCACCACACCAUCCUCUUUCUCUCUACACUCCCUCGAUCUUUCCGACAAAAACCAUGUCUGCCUUCACCAGCAAAUUCGCCGAUGAGUUGAUCGCUAACGCCGCAUACAUCGGCACACCCGGAAAGGGUAUUCUCGCCGCCGAUGAGUCCACCGGAACCAUCGGGAAGCGUCUCGCAAGCAUCAACGUAGAAAACGUUGAGACCAACAGACGUGCUCUCCGUGAGCUUCUCUUCACCGCCCCUGGUGCUCUCCCUUGCCUCAGCGGUGUCAUCCUCUUCGAGGAAACUCUUUACCAAAAGAGCUCCGAUGGCAAGCUUUUCGUUGAUAUCUUGAAGGAAGGAGGAGUACUCCCAGGUAUCAAAGUCGACAAGGGUACCGUCGAGCUAGCCGGAACCAACGGCGAGACCACCACCCAGGGUCUUGACGGUCUCGGUGAGCGUUGCAAGAAGUACUACGAAGCUGGUGCACGUUUCGCCAAGUGGCGUGCGGUUCUCAAGAUCGGCGAGAACGAGCCAUCAGAGCUUUCCAUCCACGAGAACGCUUACGGGUUGGCUAGGUACGCUGUUAUCUGCCAGGAGAACGGUCUUGUACCCAUCGUCGAGCCUGAGAUUCUAGUCGACGGUUCCCAUGACAUCCACAAGUGCGCUGCCGUCACCGAGCGUGUCCUCGCGGCUUGCUACAAGGCUCUUAGCGACCACCAUGUUUUGCUUGAGGGAACUUUGUUGAAGCCUAACAUGGUUACACCUGGAUCCGACAGUGCUAAGGUUGCGCCAGAGGUGAUCGCUGAGCAUACGGUUCGUGCUCUUCAGAGAACGGUCCCAGCGGCUGUUCCAGCUAUUGUGUUCUUGUCUGGAGGACAGAGCGAGGAGGAGGCGACCAAGAACUUGAACGCGAUGAACCAGUUGAAGACCAAGAAGCCGUGGUCGUUGUCUUUCUCGUUCGGACGUGCGUUGCAACAGAGCACUUUGAAGACAUGGGCAGGUAAAGAGGAGAAUGUUAAGGCAGCUCAAGAGGCCUUGUAUGUGAGGUGCAAGGCUAACUCUGAAGCCACUCUUGGAACUUACAAAGGUGAUGCUAAGCUUGGUGAUGGAGCUGCAGAGAGCCUUCACGUCAAGGAUUACAAGUACUGAGAAUCCUCGUUCAUGGUUUCGGGGUUGUGACGUUAUCAUCACCCUCGAUAUAUUUCUAAGGGUUUUUACUUUGACAUUUCGGCUUUUUUUUCUACAGUUUGCUUUGGAUUUGUGUUUUUAUUUUUGUUGGGUUGUUAUAUUUAGAACUUGAGAGUUUGAAAAACGCCCAAAUAAGAAGCCAUUUCUGUUGAACUUCUUCUCACACUUGUUUUUAUUAUGUAAGGACAGCUUUUGUUGUUCUGCUUAUUAAAGACUAAUCUAUUGUCUCUGGUUCUGAUUUCUGAA